AUGGUCACUCCUCCCCGUGUCGGUACUCUGUACCCUACCUACCGCAGCAAGUUCGGCCCCAAGUACAACACGGUCCCCAACGUCGCUGGCUGGACUGUUAGCCAGGUUAUCAAGCUUGGUGUCCGUGCUGGUGGCUUCGGUGCCGCUGCUGGUAUUGCUGCUCUGUUCUACACCUCUGGCAUUCCCAGAAUACAGAAGGACAUCCUCCAGAAGAUCCCCAUCCUCGGCAACCAGUUUGUCAAGGAGGUCCACCCUGCUGACAACCCUUUCUAA